UGAUUAGUGUGACCGAGCCCUGGAUGACGGAAGCGGCCGGCGGCCGGCUUCGGGGAGGAAGAGACGCGCGCCGUGUCGUGACACCCGUCGGACCGGGAGGAAGGCUCUUGGCGCGAAGCCCUGAAAUCGGAGGAGGGGGCAUCAGAGGAAGUCCGAGGACGGUCUGCGUGGCUGAGGCGGCGUCGGCAAAGGCCGGAGGUAGAAGUCUUGGGGUGCAUUUUCGUAGGUUGAAAAAUGACUACUCUUGAAAGUUUAGAAACCAAAGUCAUCCCUGCUUCAACCCCAAUCCGAGGAGCAGGAGAUGGAAUGGAAACUGAGGAACCAGCUAAAUCUGUUGAAGUUACGUCUGAAGUCCAGCCCACAAAGCCUCAUGUCCUUCAGAGUCCACGAAAGAAAGCGGUUCCGUCAGAGAGCCCCGGGGUCCUUCAGCUGGGGAAGCUCCUCCCUGAGAAAGCAGUGGAGGUUGAGGCUGUGAGAAUAUUAGUGCCCAGAGCUGCUAUGACCCGUGAUGUCCCCAAGAAACCCGCGAAGGCUGGGUCUCCGGGACGCCGUAAGGGAGAGUUCCUCGGUCAGCCAGAGGCGGUGGCAGGGCCCAGAGGGGACCCGUCCGAGAUGAGGAAUUCCCUGGACAAGCUCAGGGACUCCGAGAGGAGGCUGCUCCAGGACAGAGAAGGCCUUUCUAACCAGCUCAGAGUGCAGACCGAGGUCAAUCGCGAGUUAAAAAAAUUGUUGGUGGCUUCCGUCGGGGAUGAUCUGCAGUAUCACUUUGAAUGUCUAGCCCGUGAGAAAAAUCACCUUAUUUUAGAAAAUGAAGCCUUAGGUCAAAACACAGCUCAGCUCUCCGAACAAUUAGAGCGUAUGUCAAUACAGUGUGAUGUAUGGAGAAGUAAAUUCCUCGCAAGCAGGGUGAUGGCAGAUGAGCUGACCAACUCCAGGGCAGCCCUGCAGCGGCAGAACCGCGACGCCCAGGGCGCCCUCCGAGACCUCCUGAGCGAGCGGGCACAGCUGCGGCGGGAAAUGGGCGCCACGCGCAAACUGCUGGAGGAGCUGUUAGCCUCUCUGUGGUGGGGAAGAGGGCAGGACCCCUCCCCCAGGCCACAGCCUCACACCACCGCAGAACUGGCAUCGACAAACCACAGGCUGGCAAAAGCAGUGAAUUCUCACCUUCUGGGAGAUGUUGGCACCAGCAGUCAAAGAAAGAGCUCAUCGGCAGUUGAGUUCUGCAACACUCCAGCAGAAAAAAUGGCUGAAACGAUGACUUAAUUUUCAGAAGAAAAGGAGGGCAGAGAAAGAAGAUUCCCCAAGGCCCUACUUGCUAUCGAGAUGCCCACUUGCAUGGCAACCAGCCUUACUGGAAAAGCCGUCCCUCCUCCCUCCAGACGACAACCCUGGCUUGGCAGGUGCCCCGAGCCAGCCCUUCUCCCUGGUAGCUUUUCCUUGUCACUUAAGGGCAUACCCAGGUGUCUCCCAUCCAAAGAAAACCUUCCCUCCAUCCUAAGUUGUCUGGAUGUGGCCUUAGCACCUUCCCUUCACAGCCAAGUCUUGGAGAGGCUGGGCCGUACUUGUAUGAGCAUAACGCCAUCGGCCUGCUGGUUCCUGCCGUCACUGUUCCUGUAGCCUUCCAGCCCCCCGUCCUCAGCCCUUGGAAAGGCCACGGUGGCUCCAGCACUGCUGCACUGUCUCGCUUCGUGUCUGUCCCCCUCCUUGGUACUGCUGGGCCUCUGGGACAUUGCCCUUUCUUGGCCCUUGUACCUUUCUGAGCCCUCAGGAGCCUUUUAUCCUGCUUUGAAUAUUGAUGUCCUGUAGGAAUCUGUGCGCCACGCAUUUCAUCUCCCUUAAUUUCUGAACCACCACACCCUUCCAGUUCUCCACUGCUUCUCUCAGUAUUUUGGGGGAGGGGGCACCCUCUUCCUGUGUCCCCACAUGAGAGAGAGAGAAAGAGAGACUUUUAUAUUCUCUGGGGACCCUCCAGUUCCCAUGGGUUUAUGCUUGUGACCAACUGAGAUACUGUUCCUGAGUUGAAAAGACAUUUCCAACUGGAGAUCUCUGUAGGCCCAUCUCACAGCUGAAAAUAAAAGCACCUCUUUUCUCCUGCCUUUGUAUUUGUAUCCACCCCUCCCUCCAAAAGAAAAGAAGGAAACAAAAAGAACCUGCUUCUUUGAUUCUCCUCAUCCUGUACCUACUAUGUAGGGAUACCUACUUCAGGACUCUGCCAAAUAAUGCACGUGGAGCCCAUAGAGAUGCUUAGAGGCAGCUCCCAAUGCACUGUAGCCAUCACUGCCGCCCUUCCUUCAGCCUCCCGCCUGAGGUUUUACAGACCCUCUCAGUUCCUUCUCAUCCACCCGCGCCCCUGAGUUCAGAUGCCUGGCCUGCAGCCUCCACAGUUGAAGCACUGCCUCGCCGGCCUCCUGCCUCGCCUCCUACCUGCCCCCAGGCCGGCCUCCGCUGCCGGAGCAUUUUCCCAAACGCCAAACCGAAGUCAAACGUCAAUCCAGUCACCCUGGUACUCAUGGUCAAACCACUCCCAGCGCCUCUCAUCACUGAACCUGGAUCUUCAUAAGGCCUUUCAUGACUUUACUCCAUCUUCCAAAGGGCCAUUUCCUAGGUGUGCCCACCCACUGCACGUCCGGUCCUAGGAGCCUGACCACUCUUCAUCCUGGAGGCUGGCCACCGCGUCUCAGGCCUCCGUGCACUUUCCCUCUUGCCUAGACUGUCUGCUGCCCCUCUGCCCUCACAGGCCAGCCCUCCCUGGACCUCACUGUCAGGCUUAGGUGCGCCUCCCUGCAGGCGUGCGCUGUACUCCGUGCACAUGUGUGGUACGCUGUGUAACAAGUGAGUCGUGACUGAUUGCCCGCCUCGCCCAUACUAAGUUCCUGAAGGACGGGCGAUGGCUGGUGUUUCCUCAAGGUCUGGCAUGAUCCUUUGCACAUCAUAGGUGCUGUUUACUGAGUGAAUCGGUACCUAAAACCAAAGUCCUCGUUUUUAUCCUUUUUGCUCUCCUUUCUGCUCUCUUUGUUGGGAACUUGUGUCACCAGCCCCUCGGUUGCUGCCAGUAGCAUCUGGUAUAGUCGCUGCUCCCCGCUUUCUGCAGACACUCUCCACCCUCCGUGGAACCACACACCCUGGCUUUUCUCGGACAUCCCGUUGCACCACAGUGUUGGACAUCCUCAGGACUUGGCCCAAACGGCCUCCUCCUGGUCUUUUAUCCAGCGAGUUCUGUUACCAGAACUGACAGUCCUGCAUCCUUUCUGUCUCCUGAGCCUUCCAACCCCAUCCCAUCAGGGUCAUCAUUUCUUAGCUCGGUUAUUGAGUGAACUCCUUUUCUUUGCUCUUCCUGUGUCUGCUUCCAUGCCCACCCUUCCCCCACCUUCCGGCUGUAUAUAGAGAGAUUUCUUUGAAAGGCACCCUCUUUGACAUCCAUCCCCAUCACCUUCAGGCUAAAAUCCAGGAAUCUCCUAACUAUGCUGGUAUCUCAGUCUCCUCUUACUGAAUUCCUUUUGUAUUUUGUUUCCCUCUCUAAAAAUACAUAAUGUGAUAACAUAUAGAGUGUUUAAGUACUUUUCUCAUUUUCCCUUCCCAGUUUAUGAGCAGCUUUAAGGUCAGCCCUCUGCUUGCCUGCUAACACCUGACCAAGGUCCAUAAAAAUAGAAGGAUCUCAAAAACUGAAUCAAAAAAGCAGUAAUCCAGCUGAAAAAUAGAGGUCCUGAAAUAGAAUGGUGGCUCUUAAAUGAUGCCAGACAUUCUUAAUUUAGUCACAACUCUUUGGGUAUGUUGGCAACUUAGAAGGAAAAGAACUUUUGGACAAUUGAGAGUAAGGGGAACAGGCAUAUCCAGCCAUUUCAGAAAGCUUUUUAAUAAGCCUUAUAUAAAAAACAGACAGACAGCUGUUUGCCCUGCCCUGCUCUUCACGGUAGAUCUCCAGUCGCAGUGCCUGCCUCCUUGGCACCAUAACCCAUCUUCAUCUGAUGACGGUCAGGAGAAUAUGAGCAGGAGAAACAGGAGCUACGAGCAGACAUGCUGUCCUUGCCCUUACCUGGACGCUCUUUUGAGCGCAGGAGGCCUUAUCGUGGGUCUCAGUAAAAGGAACAGAGUAAGAAGAGUCAGAGCAGAAGAACUAGGAGAGCGCAGUGCCCGUGAAACUGAGAAACAGGAACAUGAUUGGCAGCAUAAGACAUUGGGUCUAAGUGAGAGAGAAGAACAGAAAUAAAAAGCUAUGGAUUUUACAAGUAAAUGAUCAUAAAGUUUGAAAUAGAAGCACAGUAGACAAAGGCGGAAUCCUGACUCCAGGCAAUUGAAUGAAAGCUCGAGGGAGGAAGGUGGCCUCCACUCCCUAAGGCUGGCAUCGUCUGAGGUAGAACGGAUACAGCCUUAUUUUCUUACAUGUCCACAGGCUUUUUGUCAGUAUCCGGAAGAGAACAUUAGUUUCCUCUUGUUUAAAGACAGGUGACCUGGUGAUGUGAUACAUCGUCAUGGUUACAUUGAGAGCUUUCGGAGAAAAGCGGUAGGUUCUCUUAUCAGUCAAGCUCAUCAUUCCCAUGGUAUUUUUUAUGGCAGUUAUAUAUUAAGAGGUAGGACUUUAUAGGUAAUUGCACAGCCAUAAAACCAGGGGCUUUUACAGUCCCUACUGCACAUAUCUGACAUCACUUCU